ACCUAUUCAACGUAUACGAACAUACAGCCAUAAUAUCAAGCUCGUCACAUUUUACUGUAAACGGGACGAUUGUAUCCUUCCUUGUUUCGACAAAGACCGAGAACUCCGCUCCCUCCAAGAAAUCUGAGCCAGUCGAACUAUGUCCGACAAAGAAGACGACGAAACCACAAAGGAAUCGCUUCCAUCACCGGACGAGACCGUGGAUAAAGAAAAUGAUAAUGAAAUUUUCUACGAUACGCGUGAUGAUCAAUCAAGACUCUUUACGUGCGUUGAAAGUGAAGAGGUCCGCACAGCGAAAACUAUUGCGCAAGACAAGAUGAUCGCAUCUUCCACGCCUACUACCGAACUCGAGAAGACCAUGAGUGAAACCUUGAAAAGAAAGCAAAUACACAUCGAUCGUCUCACGAAUGAAAUCGUGAAGCUCAAAACAUUCCUUAGCAAGCGAAAGCAGACCUACAAACGUAAGCGCAAGGAUGACGGUGCUCCCACAAGGGCCUUAUCGGCUUACAACAUUUUCAUCAAAGAUCGCUUUGCCAAGUUGGCUAAGGACAAUGAAAAGGCUUUGAAGAGUGAUGACACAGGCGCACAACUCAGGCGAGUUCCCCCCGCUAACUUAGUUGCGUCUACUGGCAAUGCGUGGAAGGAACUGACUGACGACGACAAGGCAAAAUACGAGGAACGCGCCAAGGAAGAUCGCAAGCGCUACGAAGAUCAAAUGUCCGAGUAUGAGCCACCGGACAAAGCGUCAAACCGGAAACGCAACAAGACUGGUUACAAUAUGUUCUUUUCGGCUCACGUUAUUCGCCUGAAGCAGACUGAGACUGGUGUUCCUUCGGAACGUGGAUCUGUCGCGCGUUUGGUCGGCACAGCUUGGAAGCAGCUCACUCCCGAUGAGAAGCAGUAUUACGAGCGCGAAGCGGAUAAGCACAACGGCAUGCACCCCCUUCGAGACGGCGAAGACGAAGAAGACGUCGCCAAGCAUGAUCAGCCAGAGCACAACUAUUAUGCCCCUGCAGAUAUGCAUAUGCACAUGGCGGCCGGAACCCAUCCAGUGAUGCAUCACGUCCCACACGAUCCUCGAGCAGGAUACUACCCGCCGCCACAUAUGUACCCUCAGCCUCCGUACGGACAUUUUGACUACAGCCAGCAUCAUCAGAGGCAUGGGGGACGGGCAGCUGGAGUUUAUCAAGCCAGCUAUCAUGCGCAUCCCAGGCAUGCUUAUGAGGGAUGA